AGCACCAGUAACUCUGACUUGGGCAGCCUUCCUGAGGACAUGCAGCCACUUCUGCUUCUGAUGGCCUUCAUUCUGGCCUCCAAGGCACAGGCAGGGACAAUCAUCGGGGGGCAUGAGGUCAAGCCUCACUCUCGUCCCUACAUGGCAUAUCUUCAUCGGAUCACAACUUCAGGCAGAAAAACCUGUGGGGGUUUCCUUGUGCGUAAGGACUUUGUGCUGACAGCUGCUCACUGUUCUGGAAGCUCCAUCACAGUAACCCUAGGAGCCCACGACGUCGGGCAGCACGAGGGGACCCAGCAGGUCAUACCGGUGAAAAAAAUCAUCCCCCACCCAAACUACCAUCCCAAGUUCAAUGACAUCAUGUUACUGAAGCUGCAGAGGAAGGCCAAACUGACUGCAGCCGUGAGCCUCCUCAGGCUGCCCAGGAGAGAAGAGCAGGUGAACCCAGGGAUGGUGUGCAGUGUGGCCGGCUGGGGACGUCUUGACCUGUACACCACCACAGCCAGAUUGCAUGAGGUAGAGCUGGAAAUCCAAAGGAACGAGCAGUGUAUUUCUCUCUACAGAAGUCAUUACAACACAACCACACAGAUCUGUGUGGGGAACCCAGAAAAAAAACAGUCUACUUUUCUGGGUGACUCUGGAGGCCCCCUGGUGUGUGACAACACAGCCCAGGGCAUUGUUGCCUUUGGGAAAAAGAAUGGAAAACUUCCACGUGUUGAAACCAGGAUCUCCAGCUUUCUGCCCUGGAUAAAAAGAACAAUGAGGCGUUUCUGA